AUGAAGGGAGUAGGACACCGUCAGUUCCCUGUUAACCUAAAUCAUUAAAACGCAUUCCUAUUUAGAAUUUUCCCUUGUUUUCUGUUGGUAGAUUAAAACUGUACACUUAAGUGAUGUCUCAGGAGAUUGUGUGUUCAAAUCCGGAGGAGGAGAUGAGAGAAGCCAAAGCCGAAAACUGACCAAUGAAGAUCCACAAGACACUCAUAAUCAUUAUAAUCAUGAUGUCGAUCAGCAGAAAGAGGGAGGUACAGAGUCUGUCUGUAAUGAGAUCGGACCAAACCCCACUCUUGUUUCUGAAGAGGUCUACACUGAAUUUCCAUCCCAUCACUUCAUGUUUCAUUCAUACCUGUCCUGUCCCAUAGAAUAUUACGGUACAUAGAAUGUGUACACAUCAGGGGUGAGGUGGGCCUGCGAAAUUUAUCUUGGUCAAUAUGGGGAGCCUUGGAAUCCAAAAGGUUGAGAACCACUGCUGUAGGCCACAUUACUCAACUGCCAGUGUUCCCCUGAAUUUGGAAUUAUUUCAGACAGAAGAGGAUAAAGAAGAUGAUGAUGAUGAUGAUAGCGGCACCCAUUAUCUUAAUAGCGAUGAGAGGCUGUGCACUCAUUUACAGUGAGCAGAGAGACCUGGAAAUGGAGGACUGCCAGACAUCUUUCAGACAGAUCACCUUCUGUACUAUGAGAGAUUUAAAACAUAUCAAGAUUACAUGCUGGGUGAUUGUAAAACAUCGGAAGUAGAAGCCUUCACUGCUGAGUACCUGGAGAAGAUUGUGGAGCCAUGUGACUGGCAGGCUGAAUGGCACACUGCUGUGUUUGAUGUGCUUGUUGAUGUUGUUGACGUGGACUGUAAGAAGCUGAAAGCAAAGGUGGAGUUGGUGGUACUGAUGCAGUGUGAGACCAGAGGCUGUGAGCUUACUGAAGAGUCCAUGAAGGCCCUUCUAGGGGCUACGCUGCAUAAAGUGUCUCUUCUUGAACUCUGUAUCGUCUACGAUGAGUCUGGGGACUUUGAUCAGACUGCAUUGGCCUUGGAACAUCUUAGGUUUUUCUACUAGCAUAUCUGGAGGAAGUGGGAUGAGGAAGAUGAGGAGGAUGACUUUGAUUAAUUUGUUCGGUGUGUGGAGCCUCGUCUCAGACUUUACUAUGGUAUUCUGGAGGAUCAUAUUCCAGCUGGUCUUGUUGCCGAGUAUCGCUCUGUGCUGGUGCUCUGCUCAGAGAAGUUCCAGGAGUUCUCCAGUCUGAGAAGUGACCUGAACAGGGACUCGGAGUCAGAACUAGACAACGUGUCCAUGGUGGAAGGGCUGUGCAUGUAUGAGCAGCUGGAAGCACUUAAGCGCAAGCUGCGUAUUAUUGAGAACCCGCUGCUCAGGAAUGUUCUGGACUACAAGGUGAACUCUGGUCAGUAUUCGUGCAGGGCAAAGGGGCCACAUCCUGCCGGCGGCCGAGUGGUCCACUUGGUAUCUGCCUUGGCCACAGUACACCAGCUUCAAAGCUUAAUAACUGACAAACUGAUGCUCCACUACUCCAGUGAAGAGUUUGAAGUGCAGUUUCACAGUGACCUGGUGCUUGCAGUAAAUGUAUGUUAUGAGGGGGAUGUGGUCAUCGUAUGCCCUGGCCUCUAUAUCAUCACCAGCUCCAUCUGUAUCAUCGACUCUAUCGAGGUUGAAGGAUACGGUCUGCCAGAUGAGGUGGUGAUCGAGAAGUGUAACAAGGGCAACGCCUUUGUUGAGUCGACAGGAGUGAACGUCAAACUCUCAAAUCUGAAAUUUAUCCAACACGACACCAUUGAAGGCAUCUUAUGUGUUCAUCAGGGGAAGCUGGAAAUGGAAAAUUGUGUGAUGCAGUGUGAGACCACAGGAGUGAUUGUGAGAUCGGCAGCCCAGCUCACCAUGAACAUGUGUGACCUGUAUGGCUCAAAGGGGGCUGGUUUGGAGAUCUACCCUGGCAGUGUAUGCAGUCUGGUGGGCAAUGGCAUCCAUCACUGUAAGGAGGGGAUCCUGAUUAAGGAUUUUGCAGACAAGCUGGACGUCAUGCCUAAAAUCACCAUGGUGAAUAACAUGAUCCACAACAAUCAGGGCUACGGAGUUAUCUUGGUCAAGCCAGGUGACACUACCAUGGAGGAUCUGCCCGGAGAGCCCAAUGCCGCAGAUGACCCAGAGAGGGAGGAGAAAGAGGAGGAUUCUGAUAACACUGGGGUAAAAACGGAGGCAAAUAUUGAUGACAGUGACAGUGAUGAAGAUGAAUUACCCAACAUUGUGGUGGAGGAAGAGUGCCCAGCCAUCAAAAAUAGCUGCUCCGGCCCACCAGACUUUACUGAAAGUAAUGAUGCCAACAAGCAAGAGUUGGUUGCCACAUAAGUCAAGAAACGCAGUCUUCAGAAAAGCCGAAUGAAGGCACUAGGGUCCAUGCAGGCUGAUGAGAAUGUACUCUCCCAGGAAAUGUUCAUUUCCAUUCAUGGAAAUCAAUUAAAGCACAAUGGCAAGGGCAGCUUUUGUACAUUCCUUUACUGAAACCUUCUCGAUGGCAAGCAUGCACAGACAUGCUUUAAUGUUUAACUCUAUUUAUUCUUUAUAUUUUCAGUUUUGCUCCAAUUUUACUUUGUGGGCUUUUCAUUAAAUACUGUGUGGGAGUAACAUGCUCAAUUAAUUAAAAGCAUGCUCAAAAUGUAUAGCUUUUUAAACUUUCUACGUCUUACAUUUUUAACCAAAAUGCCAUUUGGAUUCAGAUUUUUUUUUUUUUUUUAAAUACUUUUUUUUAAAUAUUUACACAAAAAGAGCUUAUUUUUUCAUACUACCACCAGUUUUUUUAUUACCCGGUGAAUACUGAGAGUCAUAUUAAAAAAUUA